AUGGCCGCAAAGGCAAAUGAUACCCAUCAACUCCUGCGGCGUCCCCUCUAUGUCUACGAUCUGCCCCCCGAACUCCUCCAUAGCCUUGCCCCUGUGGGCGGACAGCAACCGAAGACAGAAGAGCCAGACUCGUCAUCGCGGCGACAAUCCGCUUCUGACGAUGACAGCGUCGCUACCUCAACCGCAUGUUCUUUGUGCGGAGUCUCCUUCGACAACGUCCAAGAUCAGCGGCUCCAUGUCAAGUCCGAUUUCCACCGCUACAAUUUGAAAUUGAGCGUCAAAGACUUACCGCCUGUAGACGAAGCCACUUUCGUGAGGAUGAUCGGGGAUCUGGACGAAUCGCUGUCUGGCUCCGAUUCCGAAGACUCGGAGGACGGAAAUGAAGAUGAGAGCAAGCCUGGAGAUACAACACUGAGUGUUCUUCUACGGAAGCAAGCCAGGAUUUCACAACAGGUUGAAGAUGAUGAUGUAGUCUCUACAAAAAGAGUUGGCCUCGGCAAUGCGCCUCUCCUAUGGUUGUCAAGUCCAAAGGUUGGCGACGAUGUAGGGUUAGGCUUGUAUCGGGCCAUCCUUACAAACGAGGAACAAGAACAUGCAUCGACGUCGUUAGUAGACAUCAUCAACAGAAAACAGCUGACACCGACAAUGGCGAAAACAGGCGGAAAACCAUCACAUGCAACUCAACCUUCACAUCACGAUCCUCACUGGUUCCUCUGCAUGAUUGGUGGUGGUCAUUUCGCUGCCAUGGUUGUCUCCCUAGUACCGGAAGUGAGAAAGGGACCCGGAGGAGUAGAAGAACGACACGCCGUCGUCAAGGCUCAUAAAACGUUUCAUCGAUACACAACGAGGCGAAAACAAGGCGGCUCACAAUCUGCGAACGACAACGCCAAGGGCAAUGCACACUCGGCGGGCUCAUCAAUACGGCGGUAUAACGAGAUGGCUCUGGAGGCUGAUAUCAGGAAUGUGUUGACUGAAUGGAGAGAAAAGAUCAACAGCGCAGAGUUGCUCUUCAUUCGAGCCACCGGGAGCGCAAACAGGAGAACACUAUUUGGGCCGUACGACGGCCAGGUGUUAAAGAGCAAUGACAAACGUAUACGUGGAUUCCCUUUCAGUACACGUCGGGCCACUCAAGCCGAACUUCUCCGGUCGUUUCAUGAGCUCACAAGGUUGAAGGUGGGCAAGUUCGUCGAGCCGCCCAGUGAAAAGCAGCCUGUCGGGAGGGCUGCUCCGAAAGAGCCCAAAGCGAAAGCCUCGGCACCAAAGGUUAGCAAGGAGGACGAGACUGCACAAUUCCACACUUCUCAACUACAGGCACUGAUCCGGCGGUCGAAAGCUCCUGGAGUGCUGCUAUAUUUGACCAAGAACGAACUCUCGCCGAAUUUUAUCUUCUUUCCCCCCUCUGAGCAUCACCACGCACCCACACCCCUACACCUAUCCGCAGCGAUCAAUUCUCCUGCGCUGGUGUUGGCCUUGCUCACAAAGGCCAAGGCGGAUCCGACUAUCCAAAACGGAGAUGGCAAGACGCCGUAUGAAAUUGCAGGCGAUACCAAAACGAGAGAUGCGUUCCGAAUUGGCCGUCACCAACUUGGGAACAACGCCUUCGACUGGUCCUCAGCGCGCGUCCCGGCCCCCCUAAGCCAAGAAGAGGCCGACGCAAAAACCCAGCAGGAGAAAGCAGCAGCGGCCGCUGCUGAAGCUCGACGACGACAAACCGAGCUGGAACAGAUCCGGCAAGAAGAAGAGCAGCGGAAUGUAAACCGGCUAGAAAGAAAAGCUGGUGCGGGCAAGUCGCUCGCUGCCGCCAUUGAGAAGACGGGUGCAGAAAAGCGUGAAGAAGAGGUGAGAGGCUUGACGCCCGAAAUGAGAAUGAGGCUCGAAAGGGAACGGAGAGCAAGAGCUGCUGAAGAACGAAUCAAAAAGAUGCAAGGCGCGAGGUGA